GCGCUCUGGGCCGGCUCGUCCUGUUCUGUCCCAAUCAUUGUAAACAGGCGGAGGCUGGGGCGGAGUGGGAAUGGGGCGCUCGAGGUCGUCCAGGGGUGCAGCGGCAGUGUGAGCGUGAGACGACGGGGGCGGGCGGUCGCGCGGCGGCAGGUACAGUUGUAAUGGAUAGGUAACAGAGAAACCUUCUCACCGUCUCAUCAGGGAGGCAGAAUGACCGAGUGCUUCCUGCCACCCACCAGCAGCCCCAGUGAACACCGCAGGGUGGAGCAUGGCAGUGGUCUUACUCGAACCCCCAGCUCUGAGGAGAUAAGCCCUACAAAGUUUCCUGGUUUGUACCGCACUGGUGAGCCCUCGCCUCCCCAUGAUAGCCUCCAUGAGCCUCCCGAUAUAGUGUCUGAUGAUGAGAAAGACCAUGGGAAGAAAAAAGGAAAGUUUAAGAAAAAGGAGAAAAGGACUGAAGGCUAUGCUGCCUUUCAGGAAGAUAGCUCUGGGGAUGAAGCUGAAAGUCCUUCCAAAAUGAAGAGGUCCAAGGGAAUCCAUGUUUUCAAGAAACCCAGCUUUUCUAAAAAGAAAGAGAAGGAUUUUAAAAUAAAAGACAAACCCAAAGAGGAAAAACAUAAAGAAGAAAAGCACAAAGAGGAAAAACAUAAAGAGAAGAAGUCAAAAGACUUGACAGCAGCUGAUGUUGUUAAGCAGUGGAAGGAAAAGAAGAAAAAGAAGAAGCCAAUUCAGGAGCCAGAGGUGCCUCAGAUUGAUGUUCCGAAUCUCAGACCCAUUUUUGGGAUUCCUUUGGCUGAUGCGGCAGAGAGGACCAUGAUGUAUGAUGGCAUUGGGCUGCCAGCGGUGUUCCGCGAGUGUGUGGAUUACGUAGAGAAGUAUGGCAUGAAGUGCGAAGGCAUCUACCGAGUUUCAGGAAUUAAAUCAAAGGUGGAUGAGCUGAAAGCAGCCUAUGACAGAGAGGAGUCUCCAAAUUUGGAAGAAUAUGAGCCUAACACUGUAGCCAGUUUGCUGAAGCAGUAUUUGCGAGACCUUCCAGAGAAUCUGCUUACCAAAGAGCUUAUGCCCCGCUUUGAAGAGGCGUGUGGGAGAAGCACAGAGAGUGAGAAAGUGCAGGAAUUUCAGCGCUUACUGAAAGAACUGCCAGAAUGUAACUACCUUCUGAUUUCUUGGCUGAUCGUGCACAUGGACCAUGUUAUUGCAAAGGAACUGGAAACAAAAAUGAAUAUACAGAAUAUUUCUAUAGUGCUCAGCCCAACCGUUCAGAUCAGCAAUCGUGUCCUGUAUGUGUUUUUCACACAUGUGCAAGAGUUCUUUGGAAAUGUGAUACUAAAGCAAGUGACAAAACCUCUUCGAUGGUCUAACAUGGCCACUAUGCCCACACUGCCAGAGACCCAGGAGAGCAUCAAAGAGGAGAUCAGAAGACAGGAGUUUCUUCUGAAUUGUUUACAUAGAGAUCUGCAGGGUGGGAUAAAGGAUUUAUCUAAAGAAGAAAGAUUAUGGGAAGUACAAAGAAUUUUGACAGCCCUGAAAAGAAAACUGAGGGAAGCUAAAAGACAAGAGUGUGAAACCAAGAUUGCACAAGAGAUAGCCAGCCUUUCAAAAGAGGAUGUUUCCAAAGAAGAAAUGAAUGAAAAUGAAGAAGUUAUAAAUAUUCUUCUUGCCCAGGAGAAUGAGAUCCUGACUGAACAGGAAGAGCUUCUAGCCAUGGAGCAGUUUCUGCGGCGACAGAUUGCCUCAGAAAAAGAGGAGAUUGAACGCCUCAGAGCUGAGAUUGCUGAAAUUCAGAGCCGCCAGCAGCACGGCCGGAGUGAGACGGAGGAGUACUCUUCUGAGAGUGAAAGCGAGAGUGAGGAUGAGGAGGAGCUUCAGAUCAUCCUGGAGGACCUGCAGAGACAGAAUGAGGAGCUGGAGAUAAAGAACAAUCAUUUGAAUCAAGCAAUUCAUGAAGAGCGAGAGGCCAUCAUCGAACUGCGUGUGCAGCUACGCCUGCUCCAGCUGCAGCGAGCCAGGCCUGAGCCACAGGCGCAGGAUGAUGACGAGCCCGAGAGGCGCGGGGGUGCUGUCCAGCCACCCAGAGACAGUGCCCUGGAGACAAAAGCAGCUAAAGAGCUGCCAAAAGCAGGCAAGGAGCAGGCCAAGCCAUCGCCAAGCAGAGACAGGAAGGAGACGCCCAUCUGAGCAGCCCUGGGUCAUGGAUCCCCCAGGCCUAAUAAGACCUGUGCAUCUUACUGUAAUACCAAGAGGCACAACUCUGCUGUACAUUCUGUAAAGAUGUCUUUUCUUCUCAGACUCUUCCUUCUUUCAUAUGUAUGACUUCUCCGUGUCAGGCUCAGGUUACACAGGAGGACAAAGCAGUGGACGCAUUAUGGGCUUGUAGGAGACAGAUGACUUCCAGAUAGUGUCAGCUUAUUUAAAGAUUAAUUUUCUUUGUUAACUUAAAAUAACUAUUUUAACCCUUGAGUGGCUUCUUUUUAAACCAAAAAUUGUCUUUCUUUGCUUUUUUAUUAUGGCAGAAUUGGGAUCUCUUUCUCCCUUUUGGGGAGGGGAGGAUCCAAACAAGGUAUAUACUGUUCCUGCCUUGUGGAUGGCCCCACAGUGUCACCCUCCAGGGUCUCUGCUUACCUAGUCACUCUUGCUUGUGCCUUUUACACCUUUUUGGUGCAGAUUAUAUAAUGGGAAGCUGCCUUGUAUUUCCUGAUUGGCCAGAAUGGCACUUACGGGGUUACCUUACCUACCCUCAUCACCUUCUCCUUUGACAGCCCUUGACCACAGUCCAUGAGCCUGAGUCACCAGGAUGGCCUUGGUAGUUGCAGACAGAGCUGCCUGUGGAGCCCCCUCCAGCCCUGGAGCUGUGUGGCUGCUCCUUCCAGCUCCUUGCUGCUGGUCAUCAGCAAAUGCUUUUAACCUGGGCUGGUUGAAGGUAGCUGCCUUGACCUAAGACAUCCAUGCAGAGGAUCUCUUUUUCAAACCAGGAAUCUUCUAUGUGACUGACUUUCCAUUAAAAAAAGAAUGAUUUAAAUUGCUUGCUUGGGCUAGAAUGUAAAUGUCUCUUUGCCUGAAUAAGCCAUAUAUAUGCUCUUAGAAAUUUCCAGUUGUCCAUAUUGUUUCAGUGAAUCUGCUGAUGACUCCCAAUUGACAUGAUUGAGCAAUAGAAAAAAAUAUUUAAGGAUACCUGUGAUCCCCCACCCAGUUUUCUUGCUUCCACCACUUCUCUGGUGACCUAAAAUGUCUGGGAGGCGGGCUUGGCACCUGUGUUUAGUUGUGCUCUGUUCUAAGUAAGUGGCACCCGUGAGGUAGGUCAGCUCUCAUGGCCAUGAAGACAAAUCCCACACGCUCAAGGUGAUGGAAACAAACCCCCCACAUGAGGGCUCUGUCCUCUCCUUCUCCUCGUUAGUAUUUAUUUUCAGCACCUGUUUGAUGCAGUUUUUUAUUCUCUACCUAUUGCACUGUUGUGACUUUUUGGCCAUUGUUUGAUUUUUGUACAAAAAAAAGCUUUGUUAUAGAAAUCAGCAUACUAUUUUUUUAAAUCUGGAGAGAAGAUAUUAUGGUGACUGAAAAUAUGGUCAGGUGUCAAAUAUAAAUGUAUAAAAGCCUUCUUGCUGUCCUGUCAUAUUACAUGCAUUUUAUAUUUGCUGGCAAUAUUGAAGGUUUCUUUUUUGUGUAAACUCUAAUUUCUAUCAAGGUGUCAUGGAUUUUUUAAAUUAGUAUUUCAUUACAAUGUCUCAGCGUUGAUUAACUAAUUUUUGCCAGGAACAUUAUUGAUCAAGGAAAUAAAUUCAACAGCCAUUUGAGGAAAAAAAAA